AUGCAACAUGUUUAUUCAAUAGCAUUGGUGGCGACGGCUGUAUCGUCGAGUCCGCUGCAUUCGCGUAAGUUCUGAUAAUUCCUGUUUGUUUAUCAUCAGAUGGGUUUCUUUCUUCGGACUGGGGAACCAAUUUGGUUUUUGGUUUUGAUCUGUUGCGUUCGAUUGUAUGUCGUAGAAUUCUGUUUUGAUGUAUUGCAAUUUUCCUGUUGAAUCACCAAAUACGGACAACCUUGAUUAUUUGAAAUAUUCCGAGCCCACAACACUUAGUUUUGUUCUUGUAGUUUUUCUAUCUUCUAAGCAUUAAUCGUACCAUCAGGCGUUCAUCCCAUCAUUCCGACCCUGCGAUCCUAAGCAAUCUCUCAUCCAAAACUAACACCUUCACAGUCCCAGAUAACACACCCUCAACCCAUUCAUCUCUCGAACCCCUCUCAUUCCCACAAGCCUCCCAUGGAACCUUCCACCAAUGCCAUUUCACAUCUCCCAACGCCCAACCAAUUUCCUCUUCCCUAUUACCAUCACCCAAUUUCAACAUCCCUCAAGCACUCCUCCAACUCCCCUCUCCUCCAUCCACCAAGCCCUCUGGAAUCCCUCCCUCGGCAUGGCCACAUAUCUCCACACUGCUCAUAGACUUCAUCAUGGAGCGACAGAACGGCAUUCGAACCCUGAAUCUGGGGCGGAUGUCAGAUGAUGCGGAGCUUGAGGGUGUCAUGGUGGGGUUGGUGUAUACAUCUACAUCUCAUUCAAAACCAGAACGUUCACCCAGUAAGGGAGGCAGGGUCAAGAUUAAGAGGAGGGAAAAGAAGGUUGUACCUGUACCGGAAGAGAUGGGGGGAGGGGAUGAGAAGAAGGUUGAUAGGUGGUUGUUGGCUUGUGUUCAGAGUGCGGUGGGGGAGGUUGAGAGGACGAGGCUGAUGGAGGGGGUGUUGGAGAUUCCCGGGGGUGCGGAGGGGGAUUUCGGGGGGAGGGCGAGCUUUCUGGUUUAUCGUGUUGAUUGA